UUUCUUUUAUCUAUGGAUUAAAUGGCAUGGCUACUGCGAUAGAUUGUGUUGCGCGGUAUUGCGUGAUCCAAUUAAUGAUUUUUUGUUUAAUAUGGCUAAAGGUGAUAAAGAGUUAGAAAAACCAAUUGUGAACAAUGAGUUACCUAAUCCUGAGUGUCGUAGUACCGAUAAUGAAGACUCGGAGUCUACACAGGAUCAACCUUUGGAUAUCGGAGAGCAUUAUUUAGUGCGGCGUUCCGAUGAGUCAUGGCACCCGGCUGAGAUUAUACAGACGCGGUACAACGCUUCAGAAUCUUGUUAUGAAUAUUAUGUUCAUUAUGUGGGCUACGAUCGGCGACUCGAUGAGUGGGUAUCCCGCCAUCGGGUUAUGUCUGAUAGAUUUGACGUGUGUGAAAAUUCUAAUAACAACAUAAACUCCGAUCAUUUACUCACCGACAAGUCCGGUCGAAAAAUAACACGCAAUCAGAAACGUAAACAUGAUGAGAUUAAUCAUGUCCAAAAGUCCUACGCCGAAAUGGAUCCAACAACAGCGGCAUUGGAAAAGGAACACGAAGCGAUUACAAAAGUCAAAUACAUCGAUAGGAUACAGAUCGGUAAAUACGAAAUAGACACUUGGUACUUCAGUCCUUACCCCGACGAGUAUGGUAAACAAUCCAAGUUAUGGAUAUGCGAGUAUUGUCUCAAAUAUAUGCGAAUGGAAAAAACAUACAGAUAUCACUUAAGUGAAUGUACUGCGAGGCAACCGCAAGGAGGCGAAAUAUAUAGAAAAGGCACGAUUGCUAUAUUUGAGGCCGACGGCAAGGAACACAAAACCUACUGUCAGAAUCUGUGUUUAUUGGCGAAACUGUUUCUUGACCAUAAAACCCUUUAUUUCGAUAUAGAACAGUUUUUGUUCUAUAUUCUAUGUGAAGUUGACAAACAUGGAGCACAUCUUGUGGGCUAUUUUUCUAAGGAAAAAGAUUCACCAGAGGGCAACAAUGUUGCUUGUAUUUUAACACUUCCUCCCUACCAGAGGCAAGGGUAUGGAAAAUUGCUGAUUGCAUUUAGUUAUGAACUUUCAAGGUUGGAGCAAGUUGUUGGUAGUCCAGAAAAACCUCUGUCAGACUUGGGUAAGCUCAGUUACAGAUCAUACUGGUCUUAUGUACUUUUAGAGGUCCUAAGUGCGAGUCGUGGCACAUUGAGCAUCAAAGAUCUAAGUCAGAUGACUGGUAUAUCUCAGACGGAUAUUAUAUCAACCUUACAGUCAAUGAAUAUGGUGAAAUAUUGGAAAGGGCAGCAUGUUAUCUGUGUGACACCUAAGAUAGUUGCUGAACAAUUGGCUAGUUCACAUUUUAAGAAACCUCGUUUAUCAGUUGACCCUUCAGCAUUAAGAUGGACACCUCCUAAUAAGCAAGGGCACUCUGCAAAAGCUAAGAAAUAGUAUAGGCUCACGGGCAGGGCUUAGAGAGUGCUUACAACACCAUUCACCAAAGGAUUUUCUCUAAGUGUAGGCCUGUUCGGAACAGAAUGGAUUAGUUUGAAUAUUUUGUCUUUAUGUGAUCAGACCCUAUGUAUUUUAUGAGUAUACAUUAAGUGUAACAGUAGGUUAAACAAUGGCAUUUGUUGUUAAUAUUAUAAUUAAUCUUACCAUAUUAGAUGCCCCAGCAAACAAAAUGGUUUUCCAGUUGAAUAGUAUUACUUAUAAAUUAAAUUUUAUGUAAAGUUA